AUGGAUGCACUUUCAUCACAACAACCAUCAAUUUAUUAUAAUUUUCUUCAAAUUACAAAAUCCAAUAUGGAACUUUAUCCGGUACCAAAAAAUAUUGAUUCUUGUGAAGCAUAUGAACCAUUUAGAAAAACAGUAUCAAAUGAUUUUUGGUAUGCUUCAGCAUGUCAAUUCAUUGUUAGAUUGGUUAAACUUUCAAAGAAUAUGAAAUUUAAUAAAAUCAAUGAAACUAAUAUUAAUCAAAUUUUAUUUGAUCAUACAACACAUGGAUUACAUUUAGCAACUGCAACAACUGAUACUACCAAUGAUAAUUCAGAGAAAUUAGAGAUUCAACAAGUUGUAAAUAUCUUUAAUGUUUUAAAAGAUAUGUAUAAAAAGAAGAACCAAAUUUUAACAGUUGAUCAAAUUCUAUUAUGGCAUUCUGAAAUUUUAGUUGGACCAAAAAGAUUUCAAGAUUUUAGAUCAACAUGGGCAUUCUCUGAAGAUAUAAUAUUUGUUGAACCAAAAGAUGUUAAAUCUAAACUUAGCCAUUUAGUAAAAGAAUUUAAUUCUCAUCAUCAAGAUUUUCUAUUAACUGGUAAAACUCCAAUCUAUAGUGUUAUCUCUUGGUUCUUACAUUCAUUCACUUUAAUUCAUCCUUUUGAACAUGCCAAUGGUAGAAUGGCAUUACUAUUGGUUCAAUUUAUUUUAUUCUCUUUUGAAUUUCCUUGUCCUGUACCAUUUUUUAUUAAUAAAUAUGAAUAUCAAUCAAUAUUAUUUGACAAUGAUAAAAAUUUUAAAGAUAAAAAAGAUACACUAACAAAUUUAAUAAUUGAAAGUUCAAUUAGAAUUUAUAGAAAUUCUAAAGCUUUACAAUUCCUUUAA